GUACAUAUGUAGCACUGAAAACGUUGUUAGUCAGACAUUGAACAAAUUUUGGAAUGUUAUCACAAAUUUUGUAAAAAAUAAAAUAUGCAUGUUUUUUGUAUUGCUUUCAAGUUUAAGUGAUAUUAUAUAUUAAAAAAUGGACAAAGCACACUCUUCAAAAAUUCCAAUUAAAGCGAAAAGAACUGAAUCGAUUGAAAAACUUUCCUCCGAUGACAGCGAUACUGAGGGCUAUGAUCUGUAUAUGGGCAUCUGGGAAUUGAGCGUUAGCCUUGGUAACUUCAACCACAAUGUGGACGAAUCGGUGAAAUUUAUAACUGAAAAUAGUUCGACUCCGAACGACUCAUUCGAGCUGGUGCUGCUCAAUGAUUUCCGGGUGAAAUUCGAACAAUUGCAAAUUGGAGUGGAUUCUGAGGAGAAGACUCUUCACGAGACUCGCAGCGAUCUCUUUAUGCGUCUUUAUAAGGAGCUGGUGGACUUAGAACAGGAACCAUUAAGGUGCGAGUUCUUGAAUCUCUGCUAUGAACUCUUUGAUUCCGUCCACCCAAAACUAGAGGACCGUAAUAAGUCAUAUGCCUAUCGAGUGGAACUCAUCGAUCAAUUGCAUGCUCAGGUUCAAAACAUAUUGCAUCGUCUUAACGGAACUGCAGAUGUUUACGGAAGAUCCUCUGAUUUCCUUAUUAAUAUCUGUCUGGGAUUGAAGACAUACCAAAAUGAAGCCUCAGAUGAAUUAAAUAGGGAAAACACCUGUCCAGUGAAGGAAAUCGUGUCUGAGAAAAUCAUAGAAAAAAGAAAAUUAGAGUCAAGCCGAAUUGAAGGUUAUCGAUUUAUUCAGUAUUGCAUCAAUAUGACUACUUACUUCUCAAAAGGAAUAAGGAUUGAAAGUGAAGUUCCGCAGAAUACUGAGCGAACAAUAAUUCCCCGACCGGAAGAUUUAGUCGCCAAGGAUAUAGCUUCUAUUAAAUGUCUACAAAAUUAUACCUCGAUUGCUUCUGAGGAAAUUCCUUUGCUUGAUUUAAGUAAUCUAAGUGAACCAGAUUAUAAUGCAACCGAUGAAUAUGUACCCAUUAAGGGUCAAGAAAAUUUUCAUUUUAAAAAUUCGAUCAGUUCUCCAAAAGAUAAUUUUAACAAAAUUGCCAUUAGUGAUUUGGGAAUCCUUCCCCAGGAUAACAAUACAAAAGAUCCACCCGUUAUUGGAAAUUAUACAGAUGUUGUAAGUAAAGAUAAUGAUCGUGUAAUUGUUCCCAAAUUGGGGUCGUCGACAGAAUCGUUUCAUGAAAACGGAUUAGAUGAUUUCAAUAGUCAAGGAAGAAGAAAUGGACAUGUGGCUUCCAUUUUGAUAGCUUCAGUUUCCGAAAAACCGAAGGAAUAUAAGCAUUUCUUUAAGAAAGAUGUUUUUACGGAUGGUAAGGAAUUUAAAGAUGCUGUAUCUCUAAAUGUUCCUAAGAACGAUACUGUUUCUACGAAUUGUCUGGAUGAAAAUGAUAGCUCAGAUAGAACAAAGAGUAAAAAGAUUUGUAAGUUGAUCAUUAAAGAAGCUGUUUCACCAAACCCUUUGGAAAUCAAAACAUGUAUUCCUAAAAAGGAUGAUUUUGAUAAGGAAGUUAUUUUGGAUGGUAAGAAAGUUAAGGAUGUUGAAGAUCUGAAUGUUUCUGGGAACGAUACUUUUUCUACGAACGGUCUGGAUAAAAAUGUCACCGCAGAUGAAAUGGAGAGCAAAGAUAUUGGCACGUUGAUCAUUGAGAAAGCUGACCCACCAAAUGAUUUUAAGAACAAAACUUUUAGUGAUGAUUAUAUUGAAGUGCUUGACGAUGAACCUGCAGCAAGAAUUACCUCAAAUUGUGAACCUACCGACGACAAGCCCGAUGCUUCUAAAUGGAGUACACUAUGUUCUCAUAUUCCUUUAAAAAAGACUAUAAAAAGGUCGCUUUCUUAUGAUUUUUCUGAUUUCCAUUUAGAGGGAGGUACUUCUAAUGGUCAUCAUAAAGUUCAUGGUAGCCUAGAUAAGAUGAAACAUUUCUAUGAAGAUUAUAAGAAUAAACUUGAUUCUAUUACUGAAAUAGAAGAUAAAAUGGACUCGAAAAUGGAUUUAUGUGAAGAUAUCUAUGAAAACGUCAGGUCGCCGAAAAAUGACACAAGAUCGGACCAAGUGGGGUUUUCGGACGGAGUUUUAAGUAAACUGAGGCAAACUGUAAGUGAUAUAAAGCUAAACGUUUUAAAAGAAGUUGAUAGGUCUUUAGAAUUAACGUUGCAAAAUGGAAUAUCUGGCGUGCUAUCGAGGAAACCGUCUUUGGAACAAGCAGGGAAUGCGUCCAAAAUGUUUGGGAGAAAUUCAAAAUUUACUGAUGGGCUUCGUUUAAAAUCUCCUAAAAAAAUAUCCUCAAAACUAAUUCCGGAACACCAAAAGAAAAAGGACGAUGGGAAAUUGCUUUCACCUAGAAUAAGUCCAUCACAAAAGUUAAAUAGAUGUAUCGAGAUUGCUGAAAAAGACCAUACUGCUGAAUGUCGUAUCAACAGGGAAAUAAAAUGUAAAGACGUGGUAAUAGGAGAUUGCCCAAAAACAGUUGAAUGCAAUUGUUUUGAAACUGAAGAUCCAAAAGCCACUUCGUGUAGCUUAUACACUGAUAUCCGAGAGGAAUGUUAUUCGGUAGUGGAUGAUUGGUUUUUUGAACCAGCGGAAAAAUCCCAUACAUUUUUCGCUGAAGAGGACGAUAAAGAAAUGCUACCACCAAAAUCAAGUCAAAUUUCCAAAAUAGAUGAGCCUUUGACCGCGUUUUCAUAUGCAAAUUGUUCUAUUGAAGUGAAUAAUAAUAGUCCGGACGUUUUAAAGCCUUCUUCAGAUAUCUUACUCAUUGACUUUUCUGACGAUCGCUGUUUAGUAAAAAAUGAUAUUGGUAGUAAUUUAACAUCAGAAAACUCAGUGGAACAAUUCUUUGAAUUUUCCGCUGAAGAGGAGGGUCAACAAAUGACUUUACUAAAAUACAGUAAUAUUACUGAAAUAGAUAAGUCUUUGACCGAGUUUUCACAAAAUAAUUAUUGCACGGUAGCCUGUGUUAAUAAUUCGGAAGAUAUAAAAACUCCUUUGCAUUAUUUACGAGCUGAUACAUCUGUAAGUUAUAUUACAGAGGAAAAAUUAAGUGAAUUGUCCGCUGAAGAGGACGGUCAAAAAAAGCUUUCAAUCGAACCAAAACAAUCUACUAAAAGAGAUAGAUCUUUGACACAGUUUUCAUAUAAUCAUUGUAGCACUGAAGCCUGUAUUAAUAACCCGGAUAAUGUAAAAUCUACACAUAAUUUACCCAUUGAUAUCUCUGACGACUGCUAUUUGACAUCAGAAGAAUCCAAUGCUUUCAUCGAUGAGCAGGACGAUCAGCAUAUGCUUUUUCCAAUAUUGAAAGAAUCUUCCCAAACCGAUAGUGAAGUUACGCAACCCAUUUUCAACGUAGUGGAUAGGUCUUUGACCCAGCUUUCAAGAAAAAAUUAUCAAAGUGAAGAGAGCAUUAAUAAUAUAAGAAACAGUAAAAACCUAGAUUUAGAUUUAGAGGAUCUAAAAACAUCUUCGAAUACUGUAUGCAUUGACAUUUCUGAGGAAUACUUGAAUCUAAAUUUAAAGCAAGACCGUGGACAAGAACAUGAAUCUGUCGAUGAACAGGACAAUCAGGAAAUGCUCUCACCAAUAUUAAGUCAAAUUAAAAAAACAGUGAGUGACGUCAAGCUCAACGUUUUAAAGGAAGUGGAUAAAUCCCUAUCAGAAUUGACUUUAAAAUGUGUCUCUACCCAUUUACAGAGAAAUCAAACCAAAGCAAAUUUUAAAAACAAGUCGAAUAGUGUGGAAUUAACAGAGGAAACUAGUAUCCUCUUUGACAUAUCUGAGGAAAGUGACGUUAGGCGAAGCCAUAAAAGGGAAGUACAUACAUCUUUAUCGGAAUCGACCUUAAGAAGUACUUCCGAAGUUUUACCUAGAAAUUGCUCCUAUGAAGAGUUUCGGAGUAUGUCGCCAAGUUCAGAACUUAGUUUUAACUCUAGAGAGAGUAAUUCCAUCAUUGAUUUAUGUAAGAAAUGCGAUAUUAAUGUAAACUACUCAAAGCCGUUGGAUAAAUACAUUGCUGAUGGCUUAAGUAUACAAAAAAGACACAUUAGUGAAAUGGCCAACAACGAUGGUUCAGGUGAUUUGAAUAUAUAUUCUAAAACAAUUGAGUUUCAAAAUUGGAACAAAAUGUUUUCUGAAUGGCAUCAUCAACGGCAUAUUAUUGCAGCCCCUCGUGCCAUAAUUAAAAUCUUCAAAUCGAACUCGGCAUAUGAGUGUUCCUCUGAUGAUCCAAAUGCUCCCGAUUUCUAUGAACAACUGGAUCAAUUUUUUGAGAUUACGGGUGAAAAGAAAUGUUCCCCAGCCUUUCAUAUAGAUCUAUCUUCGAUUGAAUCGCGGAUAAUAGAGAAACUUAAACAAGCCAGGAAGGUAGUUUCCAGAAAAAUAAGCUACUCCGAUUGGGUGGCUUUGGUGGGCAAGUUCAAUUUAAGGCAAUUGCUGUCGCGUGAGGAGAGAGACACCUACGAAUCCUUGCGAUGGCAACUUAGGGAUACGGGUGAUGAGGACAUAUCUGCAAAGUCUCGAUUCACCGAUGCUCUCCACGGAAUGAUGGGUUACGGAUCGCCGCAUUUGAAGGUAUCAUCUGUAACUGGCAGGCUGCAUCUGCGUUCGCCACAGCAUCAGGAUAGCCUCAGUGAGUCCUAUUUGCUGCUCAUCAUUGGCCACCUGGGAUACUUCUAUAAAGAGUUGGCGAACCACCUGGAUGUACUUGGGCAGCGGGGGCAAACUGCUGCUGCUCUCCGAAAAUGUCUGCAAAGUUACCUCUUAGAUUUUAAACUCUUCUAUAAGAGACAAAAAAAGUAUCCCUGCAGCCUACUUAGUUUGUACCGAAACACUCGAGAGCAUCAGGUGAAAUUUCAGUGGCUUCUGGCUGUCAUGCAAAACAUUCAGAAUGAAAAGUCUAUUAUAGUUUCACUGUAUGAGCAAUCGCGCCGAAGAUGCGGAUAUCAAAGAAGCUUAUUGCUAAUGUGGCUAAAAGUGGCAAGCCAACCAAUGAUAUUCAGGCUUCAACAAUGGCUUCUUGGCGGUCACCUUAAUUCUUUUGAUUGCGAUGAGUUUCCCAUCGAACGCAGCAUAACAUCGGAUCAUAGUGAGUUUUGGCUAAAACGCUAUCGAAUUACAGAUCAUUUUUCUGGCCUAUUUGGGCCUCAGCUCAGUGAAACUCUGAUUAGCGUGGGCAAAACCAUGGCAUACUCACAAAAGUACUUGGGUAUCGAGGUGGAAUCCUGUCUGAAAAGCAAAGAGCUACGUGAAAUGUUGCUGGACAAAUUCGAUCACUUCUAUGAAUAUGCUGACCAGGAACCACUUUACAAUUUUCUUUGCAAUCUGCACUUGGAAAUUUCCAGCAAGGUCCUAAAAUGUCUUCGGGAAAUUAAGUACAAUCCAAAGUACCUCUUUUCUCAGCUCUACAAGUACAUAAUGCUAGCGGAUGUGGAGUUCAUCAGAGAAUUUAUAAAUCAUUUCGAAGAGUUUCUCGAAAAACCGGAGAGUUCCUUUAAUAUCCAGCUUUUCAACGAAAUAAAAGAUAAUAUGUCACGCAAGUCCAUUUCGGAUAUCUAUAUAGAUAAGGGCUUCACCGAAGGAACUAGGUGUUGGUCAUGUCUUGUCCUCCGCUGGAAGUUUCCGAAAUACUGGACUGCACUACUCGGCAAGGAUGCUGAGGCUUAUGAACCUAUCUCUAUGGCCAUCUGGAGAUUCCAUUAUGUUGACUAUGUGCUUUUGGAAAGGAUACUUCAGCAACAGGAGCAAAUACGCAGUCGCUUCGACUUCGAAUAUUUAGAGGGCCUGGAAGAAACACACAACUGUUUUGCCAGACUGAUCAAGAAUUGUCUGGAACUAAUGAAUGUUCUAAGGCAUUAUUUCUUCAAGGACUUAUUAGAGCCGACAUUCGCAAAACUUUUAUUGGCCUGCAACCAGGCUAACACGAUCGAAGAUAUUCUAGAGGCAAAUAGAAUAUAUCUGAAGUCCAUCAAGCGUGGGUGCCUGCAAACGAAAAGACUUAGGAAAUCGAAUCAGUAUCUAGAGCGACUUUAUAAUUUUAUACUCAAACUAGAUGAUACUCUGCAAAAGUUCUUGAAAUCAUGUGAAACUUUGAAAGAUUAUGUGCUAAAUAUUCACUUGCAUAAUGCACAUAGUUUGGUUUCCACCUCUUACAGGGAUCGCAUGCUGACCUUUCGUUUGACCUGUCAAAACUGCUCGUAUGUCAUUAUCGAGUUACGAGAUCAAUUUAUAUCGGGAAUGAUAAGCUUUUUAUUGAGUCUGCAUUUGGCAAAUGAAGAUCCAUUAAGGUUGCUUGCUUUAAGUUUGGAUCCCAAAAACUAUUAUAUGAGAAAGGACAAAAGAUUGAGCCAGGUGCAAUUGUUCGAGUUCAAAAGAAAGACGAGAAAAAGCAGCUGAGAUAAAAGUACUUGACAAACUUCUAAGCCAUGAGUAUACAUUUCUUUACAUUUUUUGUAACAGUAGAGAAUACUGGCUUUUGUAAAAUGUAUAAGAUCCUAUCCAUAUGUAUGUCUUGCAUGUAUUUUAGAUUAAUCUCUAAAUUUACCUAAUAAAAUGGCAACAUUUUCCAACUCUUUGCGAUACGUUAAA